AUGGAUUCGCAAAACCCAUGUGAGGGUGAAAUCUCAUUGAAUCAAUGGAAGGGAGGGAAUUCAGUCAGGGAAGUGAGGCAUGGAUCAAGAGGGGGUGAUUUAGAAAUGUUGGGUUUGUCACAGAAAGAGAUUGGUGAUGAUGAUGCUAGAUUGGUUUACUUGAAUGAACCUGUAAAGAGUAAUGAGAGAUAUGAGUUUUCUGGAAAUUCGAUUCGAACUAGUAAAUAUUCAGCCUUUUCAUUUCUUCCGAGGAAUUUGUUUCGACAGUUUCAUAGAGUAGCAUACAUAUAUUUUCUUAUCAUUGCUGUGCUUAAUCAGCUUCCCCAGCUGGCAGUUUUUGGCCGGGGAGCUUCCAUAAUGCCACUUGCAUUUGUUCUGUCAGUCACAGCAGUCAAGGAUGCUUAUGAGGAUUGGAGGAGGCAUAGGUCGGAUAGAGUUGAGAAUAAUAGAUUAGCUUGGGUUUUAGUUGAUGAUCAGUUUCAACAAAAGAAAUGGAAGGAUAUUCAGGUUGGCGAGAUAAUCAGGAUUCAGACAAAUGAAACUCUGCCUUGUGACAUGGUCCUUCUCUCAACUAGUGAGCCAACUGGGGUUGCUUAUGUGCAGACUGUAAAUUUGGAUGGAGAGUCGAAUUUGAAGACUCGGUAUGCAAAGCAAGAGACCCUUCCAAGAAUUCCUGAAAAGGAAAUGAUUAAUGGGUUGAUUAAGUGUGAGAGGCCUAAUAGAAACAUAUAUGGAUUUCAAGCAAACAUGGAAAUUGAGGGGAAAAGACUGUCACUUGGGCCCUCAAAUAUUCUUCUUCGUGGUUGUGAGCUCAAGAAUACUGCUUGGGCAAUUGGAGUUGCAGUAUAUUGCGGUCGUGAGACCAAGGCCAUGCUUAACAGCUCAGGAGCUUCAUCAAAGAGGAGCCAGCUUGAGACACUUAUGAACUUCGAGACCAUCAUACUCUCGGUGUUCCUUAUUGUUUUGUGUAGUAUUGUUUCUAUUUGCGCAGCUGUAUGGUUAAGGCGCCGUAGGGAUGAGUUAGAUAUCUUGCCUUUUUAUAGGAGAAAGGACUUUGCACACGGGGAUCCAAAGGAUUUUAAUUAUUAUGGAUGGGGGCUGGAGAUUUUUUUUACGUUCCUCAUGUCUGUUAUUGUAUUCCAGAUUAUGAUCCCUAUUUCUUUGUACAUUUCCAUGGAGCUUGUCCGGGUUGGUCAAGCUUAUUUCAUGAUUCGAGAUAUGAUACUGUAUGAUGAGGACUCAAAUUCAAGAUUUCAGUGCCGGUCUUUAAAUAUAAAUGAGGAUUUAGGGCAAAUAAAGUACGUAUUCUCUGACAAAACUGGCACGCUUACUGAGAACAAGAUGGAAUUUCAACGUGCAAGCAUAUGGGGAGUAGAUUACAGUGAUGGGAGAACCAGUUCACAAAAUGAUCCUGUUCAAGGUAGCAAGAUAGAUGGGAAAAUUUUGCAGCCAAAGAUGAAGGUGAAGGUCGACCCUCAGCUUCUAGAGUUAUCAAGAAGGGGAAAGGAUACAAAGGGAGCCAAAAAUGUUCACGAUUUCUUCCUUGCAUUGGCAGCCUGUAACACAAUUGUGCCUCUUGUCGUUGAUGACAGAUUAGAUUCUACAGUAAAGUUGUUGGAUUACCAAGGGGAGUCUCCAGAUGAACAAGCACUUGCUUAUGCUGCUGCUGCAUAUGGUUUUAUGCUGACAGAACGAACUUCUGGUCAUAUAAUUAUUAGUAUUCAAGGAGAAAGACAAAGGUUCAAUGUUUUGGGUUUGCAUGAGUUUGAUAGCGACCGGAAGAGGAUGUCAGUCAUAUUGGGAUGCCCUGAUAAGACUGUGAAAGUCUUUGUAAAAGGCGCUGACACAUCCAUGUUUAGUGUGAUAGAUAGAUCUCUGAACACCAACAUUAUACAUGCAACUGAAGCCCAUCUUCAGACUUACUCCUCAAUGGGUUUGAGAACACUUGUUAUUGGGAUCCGUGAAUUGAAUAAUUCAGAGUUUGAGCAGUGGCACCUAGAAUUUGAGGCAGCUAGCACAGCUAUAAUUGGAAGGGCUGCUUUGCUUCGCAAGGUUGCUAGCAAUGUCGAAAACAGUUUGACUAUACUCGGUGCUUCUGCUAUUGAAGAUAAACUGCAACAAGGGGUGCCAGAAGCUAUAGAAUCUUUGAGGACAGCAGGGAUUAAAGUAUGGGUUUUAACUGGGGACAAGCAAGAAACUGCUAUAUCAAUUGGCUACUCCUCAAAGCUCCUGACAAGCAAAAUGACCUCAAUCAUAAUCAAUAGCAACUCUAAGGAGUCUUCUAGGAAGAGUUUAGAAGAUGCCUUGGUUGCAUCUAAGAAGCUCAUGAUUGUGUCUGGGACAACACACAAUACUGGGCCAAGCGAUGAGGCUGCUGUAAAUCCAGUGGCAUUAAUUAUUGAUGGCACCAGCCUUGUCUAUAUACUUGACAGUGAACUUGAAGAGCAGCUCUUUGAAUUAGCCAGUAGAUGUUCUGUGGUUCUGUGUUGCCGAGUGGCUCCAUUGCAAAAAGCUGGAAUUGUUUCCCUUGUGAAGAACAGGACUCGUGACAUGACACUCUCCAUUGGAGAUGGCGCAAAUGAUGUCUCAAUGAUCCAAAUGGCCGAUGUUGGAGUUGGCAUUAGUGGGCGAGAGGGUCAGCAAGCGGUGAUGGCAUCAGAUUUUGCAAUGGGGCAAUUCAGAUUCUUAGUUCCACUUUUAUUGGUCCAUGGACAUUGGAAUUACCAGCGGAUGGGAUAUAUGAUACUGUAUAAUUUUUACAGGAAUGCAGUUUUUGUUCUUAUUUUAUUUUGGUAUGUACUCUUUACUUCUUUCUCUUUGACGACUGCAAUCACUGAGUGGAGCAGCAUGUUAUAUUCUAUUAUUUACACAGCAUUGCCUACCAUUGUUGUUGGUAUUCUUGACAAGGACCUAAGUAGAAGGACUCUGUUAAAGUAUCCCCAGCUUUACGGAGCAGGGCACAGACGAGAGGCCUACAACUCUAAGUUGUUUUGGCUAACAAUGAUUGACACCUUGUGGCAAAGUGUGGCUGUCUUUUUCAUCCCUCUCUAUGCAUAUUGGGCUAGCACCAUUGAUGGGUCAAGUAUUGGGGAUCUGUGGACACUUGCAGUGGUCAUUUUAGUUAAUUUGCACUUGGCCAUGGAUAUCAUCCGGUGGAGCUGGAUUUCUCAUGCAGUUAUCUGGGGAUCUAUAAUUGCAACUUUCAUUUGUGUCAUUAUCAUUGAUUCUGUGCCUAUUUUUGCUGGUUACUGGGCCAUCUUCCAUGUUGCGAAGACAGAACUGUUUUGGUUGUGCUUACUCGCUAUCGUUGCAGCAGCCCUGAUCCCUCGAUUUGUUGUAAAAUUUCUGUAUCAAUACUAUAGUCCUUGCGAUAUUCAGAUAGCAAGAGAAGCUGAGAAGUUUGGGAGUCCAAGGGAGUCGCCAAAUACAAAAAUAGAAACUAACCCUAUAUUGGGAUCUCCACAUGGAUGA